AUGGCGGAGGGCACCAGAAUGAAAGGCUUCGAGGAACAACUGAAGAAGCAGGAUUCACGGAUCCAGAGCAUCCUUGAAGCCAAUGCAGCUGCAAGACUAGCACUGGAAGAAAAAUUGGCAACAAAUCACUCUGAUAUGAAGGCACACUUGGAAGUGAACUCAGCUGAGAUGAAAAAUUUCAUGGUUUCCAUGAAUGCUCAAUACACCGCUUUUGUGAGAAGCUUGCAAAGCGACCGAGGGAUCUUAGGAAUUUCACCAGACAAUACGAAGAGGCAACCUGUCCAAAGGCCUCAGAGAAACUUGGAGUUGGGGCUAUCCAGUCAAGGAGAGAGGAAUUUCCUACCUGUAGGGACUCCUAAGGUGGAAUUUCCCAAAUUUGAUGGCUCUAACCCCAGAGAAUGGGUUAGGAGAUGUGAGAAGUUUUUCCGUUUAUGUCGCAUUCCAGAUUCGCAGCAUAUGGAUUUAGUGGAAUUGCAUCUGGAUGGGAAAGCUAGUAUCUGGUAUCAAGGUUUCAAGAUGGACAAGGGGGAGUUACGAUGGGACAGAUUCAGCCAAGAGUUUUGUAGUAGAUUUGGGAAUUUAGGGGAGGAUGAUGUUAUAGAGGAGUUUAACAAGCUUCAUCAAACUUCCACAGUAAUCACCUACCAAGAAAGGUUUGAAGAGCUACGAGCUGCCGUGAUGCUCAAGGUCCCUUGUCUUACUGAAUCAUAUUACAUCUCCAGUUUCCUAAGUGGACUAAAGGAGGAGAUUAAGUCUGUGGUCAAGAUCCACAAACCUGCAACCUUGCAAUCAGCAUUUGAGAAGGCGAGAUGGCAGGAGCAUUAUUUACAGGUUAUGGCUAAGCAACCUAGGAUGGCUACAAAACCAACUCCAGUUACGGAGACAAUACAGAAGAAGCCUGCACAUCAGAUGUUUGAUAGCAGCAACAACAAAACUACUCCCCAAGGCUCUAGGAGGAUUACCCCCACUGAGUUCCAGUACAGGAAGGAUCACAAUUUAUGUUACAAAUGUGAAGAGAAGUUCUCCCCUGGGCAUGUCUGCAGGAAUAAGGGAAUUCAUUUGCUGCUAGCAGAUGAGGGCGAGGCUCAAGUAGAGGAAGUAGCAGAUGAAGAGGAUGAGGUCAUUGAGUAUCAAGGCAACAAGUAUGGUAGGGAUAUUACACUAUCCCUCCACUCAGUUUCUGGCCAAUUGUCUUCCAGUACCAUUAAGAUGUUGGGAUAUUAUGGUGAUCAAGAGGUGUCAAUCCUGCUGGAUGGAGGUAGCACCAACUGCUUCAUAAAGCCAACUAUUGCUCAACUCUACCCUGAAGCUGUUAAGAAUCAUAAACCUUUUAAAGUCAGAAUUGCUGAUGGGAAAGAAUUAGUUUGUGAGCAAUGGAUUCCUGGUAUGAAGUGGAUGAUGCAAGACCAUCAUUUUACUCACAAUGUGUAUGUACUAGACUUGGAACCAUACGACCUGAUUUUGGGGGUUGACUGGAUGAAGUGUUAUAGCCCCAUGACUUUUGACUUUCAAAAGUUGUCAUUAUCAUUUGAGAAGGAGGGUGAAAUGGUGUUACUACAAGGGGGUUCCCACUCUGCCAAGGUGUUGAUGAAGCAAGGAGUAUCAGCCCAGAAGUAUUGCAGAAACAAAAUCAGAACAGCCUUGCAACACUCUUGCAUGAUACGAGUACAAAACUCACAGGUAACUACUGUGCCCAAAACACUCACUCAAUUACUUGCUCAAUAUGAUGACAUAUUUACUGCACCUACAACUUUACCCCCCAACCGUAGCCUCAAUCAUCAAAUACCUUUGAAACCUGAUACUAAACCUUUCAAGAUUAGCCCCUAUAGGUAUCCCCACAGGCAAAAAACAGAAAUAGAAAGGCAAGUCAAGGAAAUGUUGGCCACUGGUAUCAUCCAAACUAGCCAUAGUCCUUUUGCAUCCCCAGCCUUACUAGUUAAAAAGAAGGAUGGCAUUUGGAGGUUAUGCAUUGACUAUAGACAACUUAACAGCCUCACUAUCAAAUACAAGUUCCCCAUCCCAAUCAUUGAUGACCUCCUUGAUGAACUGCAUGGUGCCAAAAUUUUUUCAAAAAUUGAUUUGAGGUCAGGGUACCAUCAGAUAAGAAUGCACCCAUCUGAUAUCCAAAAAAACAGCUUUCAGAACCCACUCUGGCCUCUAUGA